AUGAUCAGGCUUGAAGCAUAUAUGGCUUCUUUAAUGUUGCUGCUGGAAGCUCUGAUGAGAUAUUGCCAAGACAUUCAUGAUUUGGCAGUGCCACUGCCAGGGGAGAAGUGGAAGGAGAUAGAGCAUGUCACCUGUGAAAAUUUGAUGAAAAGGCAAUGGACUACUGAUGAGGUGAGCUCUAGCAAGCACUAUCACCACUGUGUUUGGAAUUGGAGUACUGUUGAAAGUAUAGAUGACAAUCUCCAGACCUGGAAGAUAGCUGAGGGUUGCAUUUGGCUUUAAAACCCGGCUGCAUGUAUGCUAUAAUUCCU